AUGUUAUUCUACACUAACUCCCCAUCAUAUCUGAGAAAAAGCCAGCGGUUACUCAACAGAACAUCGAAGGGUCAAUACAAGAACAGCGAAGUCAUCGUUUAUACUGAGCUCGAUAAUUUCCAGGAGCAAGAGAAAUAUACCGGUGCACUUUUGCACUCGAAUCAAGGACCUACUGGGCAGCAAACCUCAUUCUCUGAGCCCAAGGUAUAUGUCCUUUCUGGACACUAUCUGUCUGUCUUUGAGAAGGUACUCGCAACAAAUUUUGAGCCAAUUAAUUCUGCCCUGGGCCAAGUGGCCUUCAAAUGCAAGGGAACACGAAUGCAUGAAAAGCUGUACAAGGCCACAAUGACCCGCCCAAUGACCCGCCUAAUGAAGAGAGCUAGAGAAGCGUCAGAAAGUUCCUCCUCAUACUGUUUUUCUUUGUUGGACUUUUAUGCCGAAUUGGCACGGACCACAUUUCCCGCUCCUCCUUCUGCCACAGGCACCCCAACAGGACCACGGGUUCUUAAAUUGAUUGAGCAUGGACAUUUUACUGCUCCCAGCACCGAGAGAACACCACCCACUAAACCUAGAACUACAAGAGUAUCUCCUUGCGUACCAGCAAGUCCAGAACGAAUGACUGUCAUUAUUGUCACUGUCUAUUGUCUCUUGGAUACAAGUGCACCAAGUACCUCAACUCUGAGUCCUACAGGAAGCGUAGGUCAAAUAUAG